AUGAGUACGGAAGAAUCAGACGAAUCAGACGAAAUGACAGAACACGUUAGUGUUUUGACACCAAUUGGACACGCAGGAAUGCCCCUUCCGCACGACUACUUUGAAGAGGCUGAUUACCAGAGGCCCAAAAGUGCAACCCCCGAGGUCAUAUCCAUAGACUUCCACGAAACGGCGGACGUGAUGUCCAAUUUACCUUUCGAAGUCAAAAUCCAAAUAACCAAAAGCUUAACACAAUACGACCUUGUGAACUUAGCGAGAACUUCGAAAUCGUUUUAUGUCGCCGCUGUACAGGCGCUUUUCGCCAAAAUCGUAGUGGAUUCUCGCCACUCUUACCUUCAAAGUUCGGACCAGCGAGAAUCUCGUUCCGCCACAUACAUCAAAACUCGUUACAACUUUACAAAGUUGAUGCGCUUAGUAGCAAAAGAGGGUCAAAGUUUGGGGAAGCUGAUAAAAUGUUUGGAAGUGGUUCAUUUGCCAGAUGGCAUGAACCAAUCCGAAACGCGGUCUUUGAUAUGCAACAGUCUGCCCCUGAUGAGUGGUCUGUGCAAAUUUUACUGUGAUAGUGAUGCGCUAUCAAUGCCAUUAAACAUUCUAAAAUUGUUGCCCAAUAAGCAAGAUGUUGAAUCGCUCGCGGUAAACAUAGAUUUGCGACAGGGUUGUGAGACGAUCGGUGCCUUUGAAAAUGUGCGGAAACUAUCGAUAUCGCCAUUUGUGAGUUCGGAAAAGCUAGCUACGUUUUUGAACAACAUUUUGGUCCCCAGCGUGGUUCAGAACUUGUCUACUUUGAGGAUGGCUCGCGAGUGUGCAUCGGUAAUUAACAAGUCUAGUCGCCAGUCCCUGAUCGUGACAAAAUACAUGCUGAACAACAAUUUGGAAGAGCCAAAUGUAGGGGAAACCGAUGAGGCAAUUAGAUACAACCAAAUGGAUUUGGAUUUCUGGAAAUUCUUAGACCCGAUAGUCGACCGGAACUUCAAAUUACUAAGCUUGCGCAAUUUGGAGAUUGCAGCCGUAAACAUAGUACCAGAAGAUAGCACACGGGUAGUGCAAGGCAUUGACCUAAGUAAGUUGACGCUUCUAGCCCUUUCCGACGUCCAAGAGGUCCAAUUGAUACCCGAGGUAGAUUACGAAGUCUCGGACUUCACUAGCUUGGCUUUGGAAUACAUGCAACCAAGUUUUCUAUGCGGGCUUGCCCCAUAUCUGCGCAACUUGCAAAAACUUAGGCUGGAUUUUCGAGAGCCAAUUAAGGACUCCGUGCAUGUUUUCAUUUCUCAGCUCAAGAGGGACGCCCAAGUUUCGCUGUGGGAACUGGACAUAACGGUACAUUGGGAUGACAAUAAGCUCGCACUUUGGCCCAAUUGGGGAGUGCUGGCCCAAAAAUACAUGGAUUCCAUCCUCAUGCAUGCAGGGACGCUGCGAAAGCUUUCUCUAAUCGCGCACCAAGACUUCAAGUUUUACGAGUUGCCCAAAAGAAUCCCCGGUGGGGUACUGCUACAGCUGCAGCGGUGCCAGCAGCUGCGCAGCCUGCGACUGCACGGAGAUUCGCUGCAUCCGACCGGAAGCGAACUGAUCGGCAAGCUGCACGGCCUAGAAAAACUAGACCUGGUCGGAAAAGCAGCAGGUGGGCCCCAGCACAUGGCGCUGCAAGUGGUUCAUGCCGGAGUGCUGGACAACUGGUAUCGAGUAAUCCACGUCGCAAUCGCUCUCGCACGGGCAAGCCCCAACCUCAAACAGGUGAGGAUUGACCGCUGUCUGUUUGCGUGCUUUCCGGACGGGACAGUGGGCCCGCAGACUGACAACUCCGACUUUGACAUCCAAACGAGAGUCCUUAUGUCAGCAAAUGACUGGGAGUGA